AAAUAAACUAUCAGCUGUUUCUGUCAAUUUAGCUAUCAAAAAGUAUCCUCAUUUAUAAAUAACCUCGAACUGAAAUGAAUGUAUUAAAAAAUCAUGGAACUUGAAUACCUUCAAACUACGGAGCCGACGAGUACACAUAAACUAUCGCCCAUUGGAAAAGCUUUAAUAUAUACAACAGGCGGCUUAGCAGUCGGAGUUAGCAUCAUUUGUAUUCCUUUCGUGUCUCCUGCCUUCAGAAAGAUUUGUUUGCCUUAUGUGCCUGCUACUACAGAUCAAAUACUUGGAGUUACAAAGGCGUUAGCAGGGCGAAGUGGUAGACUGCUAGAUGUUGGAUCAGGGGAUGGAAGAAUUGUAAUUACAGCUGCUAAACUCGGAUUCAAAGCUGAAGGAGUAGAACUGAACCGUUGGUUGGUCUAUUACGCAAGAAUAGCGUCUCUCUUAGACAAUCAAUGCCGCGGCUCAAAGUUCUAUAGAAAGGAUUUGUGGAAAUUUGACAUGAAACCUUAUGAGAACAUAGUGAUAUUUGGAGUGGAACAAAUGAUGAAACAGUUUGAGAAGAAAUUGCUUGAAGAAGCUAACCCAGGCACUGUGGUAGUUGCAUGUAGAUUCCCUCUUCCAAAUAUGGUACCUGUGGAAACUCAUGGCCAUGGUGUUGAUACUGUGUGGAAAUAUGUUGUGAAUAGAUAAUGAACAAAGCAUUUUUAAAUAAUAUUCUAUUAGAUUCUUAUAAUAUAAUAAUAUACAAUAAAAGCUUAA